CAAACUUUAAAGGACUUUAUUUUCAUCUACAGUCACAUGAUGCCUUAAUACCCAAUGACACUAACUACAGCGUCUCAUUAAGAGGUCAUGCAAACUCCCAAGCUAAACAAGGCAUUCUUACAUAUUUAACAUUCAAAUGCAGAAGCCAAGCUAAGCCAUGGAAGAUUGUAAUCCGAAAAAAGCUACACUUCCUGAUCUGCACAAUAGCCACAGGUUAUUUUGGAAUGUGAAAACUACUUGCUGCCUUGAUCCAUGACAACCAUGUAGACAGUAUGCACUUGCUUUAAUGACCCACACAAACAUGGAUCAAGACGUUUAAACCAAACCUUUCAAGCGGUCGAUGGAGUAUAAUCUGAAAGAUUAAAGGAAAUCCAGAUGGGGUGCAGAUGCUGCAAAAUGAUACAAAGCUAUAUUUUUGAUCCAGAAGAAGUACGAUCGCCUGGAUGCAUUCAUGAGGUAAACAGUUACAAACACAAUGAGCAAGGCAGCAAUAAAUCCAAAUUCAAAGACAACAGUGAAAUUCAAGAACACAGACAUGAAUUCCAGAAGGAUGAAUUAAACAGAAGAGAAAAUAAAAGUCAAGUAAGUAUCACAAAAGAAACUCUCCAGAACCAUGGAAGCAAUGACUUCCAAGAAGAUGGCCUUGUGAAAUGUGUUGCAAAGCUUGAUAUUGCAGUCAAUGGUGGCAACUCCUGCACUGGGGUGCACUCGUUGCUCAAUCCCAGCACAAACCCAGUGAAAGAAGCCAGUCAAGAGGGAACCUCCAGCCAGUCAGAAUCUUCUUCAGCCAACAAUACAGACUUUUUUACCAAAUCAAAUAGGUCUGGCCAUGAACUUGACCUAGAGGCAGGCAAGCAGAGGAAGGCAGCCUGCAAUGAGCCAAACAGUAUUGAAGACCAGAACUCCCAGUCUGCAGAAGGUUGCGUGUUUCUCAAAGGAAGUGCAAUACUGGAGACACAAAACAAUGCCAUACAACUGCCAGAUACUGACUGUCCCCCAAAUGGCAAUCAAACCAGGAACUAUGUUGAAAAAUACAGCUUUUCAGUCAACUGUGCACAUUCAGACCAAAACACUGGGCCUUCAGCAACAGAGAUCCAGGACCUUUGUGUAACUCCAUCUUUGCCUAUGAAGGAGAGCAGUAUCAUAUCUUUAAAAACUAACUUCACAAAUUUGAGUGAGGGCAUUACUGGUGGUAUCACGGCUGUGGCUGUUACCAAAGCAAUGCAGGCACCCACACACUCCAACCAUACAGACCUCAAUACAGAAAUUGAGGAGGAAGAUGCAGAAGUCGCAGCAGCUCUGGCUGCACUGGAAGCUGCAACUGCAGGAGAAGACCUGGAAGAUGACUAUGAGUAACAGAUGAAGCUUUCUUUCUAAUACACCAGGUAAGAUCCAGAUUUCCUUUCUGGAUCUAUAUGAACACGUAGACAGCUGUCAUGAACAGCAUAUAUAAAAGGAAUUGGGACUAAACCUCUGUCCCUUCAGCUGUUUUAUACAGCCUUUUAAUUUCUAAUAUCCAAGGUACAGAAGUGCUUUCUUGGCUAAUUGUAAUAUCAACACUCUUUAUGGGGCCAAUCAAGAGGACAAAGCACCAUUUCUUCCACACAGUAUAUUCUGCUGUAUAUCAACCUCACCUGGACUCAUGUAAGCGUUUCCUUCGGUUCUGACCCUCAAGACUGUCUUGCAUGCUACAUAUUCCAGGUUCAGAAAAAUUCCAUUAUUUAAGACAGGACUAAACAGUCACGCAGUUAGAAACCACAGAUUUUCAUCAUCUUAGCACAAAAAGCCCAAAACUGACCCAAAACUCCAUGAUCUAAUUAAGUAUGAUAUAGGGGAGGCAGCUUGGCUUGCACUUUGCUGCACUUAUGUUUCCAUUCUGGACGAAGCCCAAAUCUGUGCAUGUACACCUGGCAUCAGGAUAACCUCACUGCUUCCCUUACAGCUCCUCUGGACUUUGUUUAAUACCCCAAGUGACCUGCUCCAGUUCAUUAAAAUAGCAGAAGCCUAGGCAAAUCCAAGGGAGUGCAUAAAUUUCUGUUGGUUUAAUGAGCUGAAGUAGCUCACCUAAGAAUUGUACACACAAUAUCAGAGGUGCUGGAGAGGGAUCAAAACUCAGUCCUACCAGUUUGGAUAGAUUAGACUGUUGUAAAACUACCACCUGACAUCUCUCAACUGUACUAAAUUUUACAGGUGCACAUCACUUGUCUCAGCAAUACGUUUGCAAACAGGUUGUGUCUCAAGCUUUCCUGGCAAGAUAUGUUUUGCUUAUAUACCACCAGCAGGAACCAGUGUUGGACCCAAUCCUGGCUCUGCUGCAGUCCUUAAAGCAGGAAAGCAAAGGGGUUCCCAAGUUGAACUAAUGUAAAAACUGAAAAUAUCAAAGCUGCAUUCCUGGAGCAUUUACCCUCCCUCUCAUCUUCAGACUAAUACGUUAACCUUUCUUGCAGGAAGCAAGUGAGACAAAGAUCAACUUGGUGCUGCAAUUUCAUCAAAAGUGGGAUCUUAAUGGCUGAAAGUGCUUGACAUUUUACACUGAAAUUUUCUGGUUUCUGAGUCUGUUAUAAACUCUUAAUAAAUUUUUUUUAAUCGUAUGAAGAAUCAUCUGGUGGCUUCUGUGUCUUAUGCAUUUUCUGACUAUGUAACAAGUUGCAUAAAAGAAGGAUUCUAAGAUACAUCCUUCGUUAGAUAUAUAAAAAGCACCAACUAUGUAUUUGCCAAUAGUACAUGCUGAAUUCUAGUCUAACCAUCAACACACAUAGGGAUCAGAAUAUUGAAGUGGGUUUUAAGUCAUGUAAUGAUAUUUAGAUUAUUCUUGUUUAAAUGCAUAUUCCCUCUUUUCCUCCAAAUACUGCAACGCCAAAUCAAGAUGUCAAUUUCUCAAAGCAUUAAUGGUAUC